AUGGUGACAUCCCCGGCCAUCCUCUGCCUCGUCGCCUGGCUCCUGCCCCCCGCCGCCGGGCACCUCUGGGCAUGGAUGUUCUCCCUGCCUCAGCACCCCCCGGAUGCGGCCGCCCUGGGCAGAAACCCCGGCCCAGGGAGCGACAUGGAGGAGGUGACCCCCUGCAGCCCGGCCGCCCCCUGUGCCCAGGGCCACUUCUGUGACGAGCACUUCGGGCUGUGCCUGCCCACCCGCCCCGAGGGGCAAUUCUGCCGCCGCGACCCCCACUGCGCCCACGGCCUCCUCUGCAUGUUCGGCAAGUGCCAGCAGCCCGUGCCCCACGGGCAGGAGGGAGCCCGGUGCCAGCGGGACGAGGACUGCGGGGCGGGCAGCUGCUGUGCCCGGCAGCACGGGGAGCUCGUGUGCCAGCGGCGCCUGGCACUGGCCCAGAGCUGCCACGUGCCCCCCGGGGGUCUCGCCUUCAGCAUCAACCAGGUGUGCCCCUGCCAGGCCGGCCUGGUCUGCAGGCCCAGCCCACCCGGGAGAGAGAAGGCAUUCCAGUACCAGCUGGAGAAGAGCGAGUGGAGGUGCCGGCAGCCCUGAGCUCCAGCUCCAUAUUUAUUCCCUGUAAAUAG